GGACAGGGGGACAGGGCCACCAGAGCCUUGGGGACACAGGGACAGGGCCACCAGAGAGCAGGGGACACCGGGGGACAUCGGGGGACAUCGAGGGGAGGGGGGGGCUCGAGGACACGGAGGUUAUGGGGGGGGGCCGCAUUUGGCACAGGGGGGGUGUUUUGGGGGGCACGGGGGAGGUUGGGAGGGGGGUGGGGACAGCUCUGUGCCCCCCCCCCGGUGCCAUCGGUGUCCCCCGGUGUCCCCCGGUGUCCCCGCAGCCCCCCCGCCAUGAUGUCGUACCUGAAGCAGCCGCACUUCGGCGUCAGCGGGCUGGGCCUGGAGCUGCUGCCCCCCCCCGUGGGGUACCCGGGUACCCCAAAAUCGUGCCCCCCAGGGACCCCCCGGAAGCAGCGGCGGGAGCGCACCACCUUCACGCGGGCGCAGCUGGACGUGCUGGAGGCGCUCUUCGCCAAGACGCGCUACCCGGACAUCUUCAUGCGGGAGGAGGUGGCGCUGAAAAUCAACCUGCCCGAGUCCCGCGUGCAGGUGUGGUUCAAGAACCGCCGCGCCAAGUGCCGCCAGCAGCAAGCCCAAGGCUCGGGCCCCCCCAAACCGCGACCACCCCCCAAAAAGAAGACCUCCCCACCCCGCGACCCCCCGCCGGAGCCCCCCCCGGGCCCCUUCACGCCCCCCCCGGCCCCGCCCGGGCCCCCGCCCGUGUCCAUCUGGAGCCCCGCCGCGCUGUCGCCGCUGCCCGACCCCGCCGGGGGCGCGGCCCCGCCGUUCCGCGGCUUCCCCGCCUCGGGGGGCUUCGCCCAGGGCUACCCCGGCUACUUCGGGGGGCUCGACCCUUACCUGUCGCCGCUGCCGCCGCAGGUGGGCGCGCUCAGCCCCCUGGGCCCCGCCCCCGCCCCCGUGCUCGGCCUGGCCGCGUCCCCCGCGGGUUUCGGGGCGACCCCCGGGCUGGGCUACGGGCCCGGCGAGUGCCUGGAGCUCAAGGAGCCGGGCGGCGCCUGGAAGGUGAAUUUCGGGCCCGGCGAGUGCCUGGAGCUCAAGGAGCAGAGCACCUGGAAGUUCCAGGUGUUGUAGGGCCCGGGGGGGCGGCGGAUUUUGGGGGGAAAUUCCGGGAAUUCGGCCGGAGCAGCAGCGGAGCGCACGGACAGCGCCCGGGGCUCGGAUCGGUAAUUAAUUAAUUCUGGAUCGCGGAUCGGUAAUCAAUUCCCGGGACUCGGAUCGUUCAUUAAUUCCCAGGACUCGGAUCGUUAAUUAAUUCUGGAUCGCGGAUCGGUAAUCAAUUCCCGGGACUCGGAUCGUUCAUUAAUUCUGGAUCACGAACCCUUCACUAAUUCCUGGGACUCGGAUCGUUAAUGAAUUAGUUAAUUAAUGCCCAUCCCCAAAAUCGUGGAGAUCCAUUCCUGGAAUCCCAGGAUCCAUUCCCAAAACCCCACAGAUCCAUUCCCGGAUUUCCGGG